CAGCUGUUGGGACGAAACUAGAGCUGAAAGGUUUCGUGAUCUCAGCAGUUAUGUGCUGGGGGAGAUGGAUCAUUGGUUCUUAGGCACGUAUGCUGGAUGUAACAGUAACUUGACUUGAUAUAUGAUCGAUCUGAUUUCGAGGAUUUAGCUACGCUGUAUUCUGGUCUUUUCGUUUGUUUGUGGGUCAGCAUGAGAGACAAAAUGAGCGACAACGUUCAUCUUAGUUUAGCAAACACGGGUAAAGACGGCCAAACCUCGGCAGCCGCGGACAGCAACGACCAGGACCAGGAGAGCUUCCCGUACGACGCGGAAGAUCCGGGCGAAGAGAGCGACGCGCCGGAGGCGAGAGACGGCGCGGUCAGUCCGGAGGAGCUCAACGACGACGAGACGUCCGGAGAGAGCGAGAACGUGCCCAAGACCUGCAUCUAUGACGGCUGCACCGAGACCACGACGCAGGUGGCCAAAGCCAGGAAGCCCUGGAUGUGCAAAAAACACCGAAAUAAAAUGUACAAGGACAAGUACAAGAAAAAGAAAAGCGACCAGGCCAUGUCGUCGGGAAAACUAGACGAGAGUUCGGAGGAGAGGCCUGUAUCUGUUACUAAGCAACGGCUGGGUACUAUGGGAGACAGACCCGCCAGACCGUCCCUCAUUGAGCAGGUGCUGAACCAGAAGAGACUGUCUCUGCUGAGGAGUCCAGAAGUCAUCAGUUUCCUUCAGCAGCAGCAGCUUUUACUGACCACACAGAAUCGAGCUCAAACACAGCACAACUACUGAAGACUGAAGAUAUUUU